AAGUUGCAGUGGCAGUGACAGUGACAGUGACAGUUAAGUCUUGUGACAUUCUAUAAGGAAGACUCGAAGGAAAUUUCACAAAGAAAGAAAGUAGCAAAACAAAACAGAGGAAGCUCACUCAGCUCGGAGACUAGAACCAAUGGCUCUGACUGACCUCUUCGCCGGCGAGAUUGCGACGGAGCUUCUCAAAAUGCUCAUAACAAUCUCCCGCAAGUCCCUCCUAUGCAGAGCCAGCGCCGAUCAACUCAUCACUUACAUCAACGACCUCCUCCCCACCAUCCAGGAGAUCAAAUACUCCGGCGUCGAGCUUCCGGCACCGCGGCAGUUUCAGCUCGACCGCCUCUCGGAGGUUCUCCGCUCCGGCGUCGAGCUCUCUCACAAGGUUCUCUCCUCCGGGCGGUGGAAUGUUUACCGGAACCUCCAGCUGGCGAAGAAGAUGGAGAGGCUUGAGAAGAACGUGUCACGGUUUAUUCAGGGGCCCAUGCAGGCUCAUAUCUUGGCUGAUGUGCUUCAUGCCCGGUGCGAGAUGGCUGAGCGGUUUGACCGGGUUGAGGCUUCGAAUAUGCGGUUGGAGAGGUACUUUGGUGCUAUGAAGAUUGGGGUUGGUGGGGGUGGGUGGGUGGAGGAGGCUGUGAGGAGUGUGGAGGAGAGUGAAGCGUUGUGGGUUGAUGGUGGUUCUGGGAAUUUGUUGGGUGUGGGUUUGGAAUUGGGGAAGAUGAAGGUUAAGGAGAUGGUUGUUGGAAGAAAUGAUCUUUGGGUUGUUGGGAUUUGUGGGAUUGGUGGGUCUGGGAAGACCACUCUUGCAAAAGAGGUUUGCAGAGAUGAACAAGUUCGAUGUUAUUUCAAUAAGAGGAUCUUGUUCCUGACUGUUUCGCAAUCACCAAAUGUGGAGCAGUUGAGAACGAAGAUUUGGGGGUAUAUUAUGGGGAACGCGAGCUUGGAUCCUAAUUAUGUGGUUCCUCAGCGGAUGCCACAAUUUGAAUGGAAGAGUGAACCUCGAAGAACCCUGAUUGUUCUGGAUGAUGUUUGGUCACUCUCCGCGCUGGAGCAGCUUGUGUGUAGAAUACCAGGUUGCAAAUUUGUUGUGGUGUCCAGGUUCCAAUUCCCUACAAUUUUCAAUGCCACUUAUGAUGUAGAACUUCUGAGUGAAGAGAAUGCUCUCUCUUUGUUCUGUCAUCAUGCUUUUGGACAGAAAUCAAUCCCUUCUGGUGCUAAUGAGAAUUUGGUCAAGCAGGUUGUGAGUGAGUGUGAAAGGCUUCCACUGGCUCUUAAAGUGAUUGGAGCUUCGUUGCGAGAUCAAACUGAAAUGUUUUGGGCAAGUGUGAAAAACAGGCUGUCUCGAGGGCUAAGCAUAGGUGAAUCCCAUGAAGUGCAUCUGAUUGAUAGAAUGGCUAUCAGUAUCAACUACCUACCAGAAAUGAUCAAAGAGUGCUUCUUGGACCUGUGUACCUUUCCUGAGGAUAAAAAAAUUCCCAUGGAUGCUCUCAUCAAUAUGUGGGUUGAAAUCCAUGAUAUUGAUGAAAAGGAUGCUUUUGCUAUUGUUGUUGAGCUCUCAAAUAAAAACCUUCUCACCUUGGUGAAAGAAGCACGUGCUGGUGGCAUGUAUAGCAGUUGCUUUGAGAUCUCAAUUACUCAACAUGAUGUGUUGAGAGACCUUGCUCUUCAUUUGAGCAACCAUGCGAGAGUAAAUGAACGCCGGCGGUUAGUUAUGCCAAAACGAGAGAAUGGACUCCCUAAAGAGUGGUUGAGACACAAGAACAGACCAUUUGAGGCUCAGAUUGUUUCGAUUCACACAGGUGAAAUGAAAGAAUUGGACUGGUGUAAACUGGAAUUUCCCAAGGCUGAAGUGUUGAUCAUUAAUUUCACAUCCAGUGAAUACUUUUUACCACCCUUUAUUGAUAGAAUGCCAAAUUUGAGGGCACUGAUAGUAAUAAACCACAGUGCAUCAUAUGCUUGCCUUCACAAUGUUUCAGUUUUACAGAAUUUGUUCAACUUGAGGAGCCUCUGGCUUGAAAAAGUUUCCAUCCCCCAGUUUGGAGGAUUUUUCUUUGAAAAAUUGGGCAAGUUAUUCAUAGUCCUCUGUAAGGUUAACAAUAGUUUGAAUGAAAAAGAGGCAAACCUGGCCAGAGUCUUCCCUAACCUCUCCGAGCUUACUCUUGAUCAUUGUGAUGAUGUGACUGAGUUGCCCCCAAGUAUUUGUGGUUUGCAUUCACUCCAGACUUUGAGUGUCACCAACUGCCACAGUUUGAUCCAACUUCCUGUUGAACUGGGCGCGCUGAGGUCCCUAGAGAUCCUUCGCUUUUACGCUUGUCCAAAUCUGAAAACACUUCCUCCUAGCAUCUGUGACAUGAUUAGAUUGAAGUAUGUUGACAUUUCUCAAUGUGUUAGCUUGUCAUGCUUCCCUGAAGAGAUUGGUAGGUUAGUAAGCUUGGAGAAGAUCGACAUGAGGGAAUGCUCCAUGAUUAGGAAUGUACCAAAGUCUGCAAUUUCAUUGCAGUCUCUGAGGCUUGUAAUAUGUGAUGAUGAGGUAUUUGGUAUCUGGAAAGAUGUUCAGAAGGCUAAUGCAAGUGUUCAUAUUCAAGUAUCAGAGCAGCACUUUGAUCUGGACUGGCUUAAAGAGUAACUGGUGUCUAUGCUCUUAUAAUAUGUAAACUGGAACUCUUUGUAAAUAGUUGUUCAUGACUUCAAUUUGAAUGGGAAAUAAAUUAUCGUCUCCUAAAA